AUGACACCCCCAUUCAGGUCGGAGAUUCCUGGGUGGGGUGGGGGGAGUGUGCGGGGUGUGUGUGGCGAGGGGUUUGGGAAGUGUGAGGGUGCGGAUGACACCCUCACCACUCUCCUCUCCUCACCACUCUCCUCACCUCACCACUCUCCUCACCUCACCACUCUCCUCACCUCACCACUCUCCUCACCUCACCACUCUCCUCUCCUCACCACUCUCCUCACCUCACCACUCUCCUCUCCUCACCACUCUCCUCUCCUCACCACUCUCCUCUCCUCACCACUCUGCUCACCUCACCACUCUCCUCUCCUCACCACUCUCCUCACCUCACCACUCUCCUCACCUCACCACUCUCCUCACUUCACCACUCUCCUCACCUCGCCCUGUUGGGUCUUCUACUUGCUCUGUUGUGAUGUUGUGCUCGCCUCUAAGGUGCUCGCCUCUAAGGUGCUCGCCUCUAAGGUGCUCGCCUCUAAGGUGCUCGCCUCUAAGGUGCUCGCCUCUAAGGUGCUCGCCUCUAAGGUGCUCGCCUCUAAGGUGCUCGCCUCUAAGGUGCUCGCCUCUAAGGUGCUCGCCUCUAAGGUGCUCGCCUCUAAGGUGCUCGCCUCUAAGGUGCUCGCCUCUAAGGUGCUCGCCUCUAAGCUUCGCAAGGACGCAGGCACUGACGUGCUACAGCUAUUCGACCUCACUCCACCUCUCCAGAACCCAUCUGCACCGCUCCGCCUCGCCCCAUCCCUCGCCACCCAUCCCUCCACGUCAGCACCACCACCCAGCCACAUCAGCACAACCUCUUCUUCCUCCUUAGACUCUUCAACACUGGGAGAACUAUCAGGGGAGACAGCAGGAGAGGCAGCAGGGGCAAGAGGGGGACGAGCAAGGGAGGGGGCAGCUGAGGCAGCAGGGGGGCAAGCAAGGGGGCAAGCAGGGGGGCUAGCGGGGCGAGCAGGUCUGAAUUCCCCUCUGUCAUCCCUCGAUCCGGCUGUAGCAGCGCACCUCUCCCUGCCCCUCGCUAUGCUGCUUUACCGCCUAGCCCUUCACCUCUCAGACUCCCACAUAUCCCAAAAUCGGCACAGGAAAGCACAGCUUUUUGGGUACUGCCUGCAGCUGCUGCACCAGAAAGACCACCCGGUAAGCACUCAUCAUUCCCCUAGUUCCCUCUAG